GUUAGACAGUGUGGAAAGAUGGACAGAGCCUGCUAAAGGGACGGUCAGUACUGCUGUCCUACUGUGGGAAAGAAGAUUCUUGAUAGUAGGAGUUCCUUAAAAAAAAGAAUGGUCUUCUGAUCAGGAAAGGUCCUCGUUUUGGCUGUGUGAACUGAAAAAAUCCCCCAUGUAUGUCACCUGGCCAGGUGAGGCUCCGCCCACUGCAUAACACUCCCACAGGAAUGUCUGUAGAGUUUCCAGCUCAGUAGCUCGCAGCUGUAACCCUAUACACUUCUCCUCAAAGACACACUCGUCUCACAGCCAGGAUGUGGUUGUUUCUUGUACUCCUGGGGUGUGUGGGGGUGUGUGAAAGUUACCCCAAUGGCCAGGUUACAGCCAGUUGUGGUGGUGAUAUGGUUCCUUCUCACGGACGUUCGGCUCAGACCAUCACACCGCCUUUCACCAUUACAGCAGACAGCAGCAUGUAUAAAGAAGGAGACACCAUCACAGUGACUCUGAGUGCGACCUCGGGGAGUUUUUCUGGGUUUCUCCUGGAAGCGAGGUGGGUGGGAGGCAGCAGCGGCAUUGGUGCCUUCAGUGUUCUGAACUCUAAUGCCCAGACCCUGAGCUGUUCUGGAGUGUCUAACUCUGCUGUGUCUCACACGUCACGCAGCCCAAAAACACAAAUCCAGACUAAAUGGAAAGCACCAACAUCUGGCAACCUCAACAACAUCGAGUUCAAAGCCACCUUUGUCCGUGAUUACUCCACCUUUUGGGUGGGAGUGAAGAGCGCACAGAUCAUCUACAACGGCACAAACUCUGGUACCAUGCCCACCUCAACCAACUCCACCACCUCCUCCGGCAUCUCCAGCACAGGCUGUGGGAGCAGUAAGACGUGUGUAAGCCAGCCGACCAACUGCGACCCUUCCACCAACUCCAACUGCUACUUCAUGUCUGCCACGCCCAUGUCUUCAAGUUCAACUUCAGAGUUCAAGUUCGAGAUCUUCGGCCUCGCCGCUGGAUACGUCGCUAUCGGCUUCUCCGAUGACACAGAGAUGGGGAAUGAUGACAUCUACAUAUGUGGGAAGAAUACAAAUGGUGUGAUCCAGAUACAGCACGCAUUCUCAACAGGGACGACAACACCAACCACCAUCGCCCUGGGGAAUGUGACGCUGCUCAGUACGUCACAGAAUAAUGGUGUGAUCAGCUGCUCCUUCACCUCCAGGAACCCCAUCAGCACCAGCAGGAGCUCCACAACCUCCAACAGCUACUACAUCUUCCUCGCCAACGGUGCCACCUCUAACGGUGAGAUCCAGAUGCACCUCACUGACCCCUUAAUCAGCAGCACAAAGGUGGACAUCAGCAGUCUGCAAUCAGUGGGGAGUGGAUCACAGCUCCCAGCUAUCGUUAAAGCUCACGGUUGUCUGAUGUUGAUAGCGUGGAUGACCCUGGGCAGUAUGGGAAUGCUGAUCGCACGUUUCCUGAAGAGUUGUUCUCGAGGACAGCGGCUCUGUGGGAAAGACGUCUGGUUUGUGGCUCAUGUGCUGCUAAUGUUGCUCUCAGUUGCAGCGACUAUCAUCGCCUUUAUCCUGAUAUUUUCAUACGCACAAGACUGGAGUGGGGGAGCUCAUCCAGUCCUGGGCUGUUUGGUGAUGAUCCUCAGUCUCGCUCAGCCAAUCGGUGCCAUGUUUCGCUGUUCACCACAGGACGAGAGGAGAUUUAUCUUUAACUGGGUUCAUGCCAUCAACGCAUUAGCCAUUAAAGGGUUAGCAGUGGCGGCGAUCUUCACCGGUCUGCUGCUGGCCGACAGCUCAGAGUCUCAGUGGCUGCCGAAGGUGAUGGGGGGAUUUGUGGCCUGGGAAGCGCUGCUCUUCCUCUGCCAGGAUUUAUACCACAAAUACAGACAAAAAGAUAUGCCCGAAGGCGACGCUGGUGGGGUGGGAACAGGAGUGCUUCUGCUGAUCUUGUUCUUCAUGGGAAACCUGACGUUCCUGGUGGCUCUGCUGGUCGGAAUUGGAAAUGCAUAAUUAUGGAAAUGAUGACAUCUAUUUUUUUUCUUUUUUCUUUUAAAAAGAAACUCAGGGUUUCACCAGGUUCAUAAAUACAUUUAAACAUUAUUUCUGGGUUUAUUUAUGUUUGCAUUUAUUCAAAUCCUCUAUUAAUUUAUUCAGAAACUUAUAUUUUUUGUCACAUUUUUCUUUUCCAAAGCAAAUCUCCAUCGUUCUUCACUCCUCUGGUGGUGCUUUUACCAAAUAUUUUAUUCCUCUUAUACCACAGCAACUUGCCAACAUUUGCAAUUUCUUAGUACAUGUAACUUUUAUACCUUUAUAGUUAUGAGAGAAACUCAAGAAACGAGUGAGUUCCUGUUCUCAUGAACGCUACAGCAGGUAUAAUAGUGUAUAUAGUGUGUGUGUGUGUGUGUGUGUGUGUGAGACUCAAUACUGCCUGAACACAAUAUGUCACUGUCACAAUAUGAAGUUAAUGAAGCUAUAAACUGAUAUUUUAUUUUUUGCACAGACUGUUCAAUGUUUAUAAACGAAACAAAACAAAACAAAGCACAACUCUGAAAUGAACAAACCGAGUAAACAAAUAACAUUUCUGUUUAUCUGUUUUUAUCUUUCCUAACGGUGUACAAACGUUUGCCCCUACUCUAUACUGAAUAGAGCUUUGUGUAUUUCUGAGCUGUUUACUGUAUUUCUGUAUGAUCAUUAUCGACUACAGCAACUGUUUUCCAUUCAUCCUGUCAACCUGAUUAUUAUUAUUAUUAUUAUU